CCAACCGCCCUCGGCCAACGGCCGGCGCGCGCUCCCGGGGCGGGCGGGCGGCGCGAGGGCGCGCGCACGCGUUGCCAAGAGACGCGGGCGGCGGGGGAGGGGGGUUACGUGGUGACGUUAAUUCUAUAUGAGCGCGAGCGGCGGGAGCGCGGGUCCUUUCACCGCCGGCCGCGCGGCGCCUCCGCCUCGCUGCUCCUGAGUCACCGCCGCCCGCGGGCCGCGCAGUGUUUGAAAUCUAGCAGAAUGGCAGACAUAGACAACAAAGAACAGUCUGAACUUGAUCAGCAGGAUAUGGAAGAUGUUGAAGAAGUAGAAGAGGAAGAAACUGGUGAAGAUGCCAACAGCAAAGCUCGGCAGUUGACUGUGCAGAUGAUGCAGAAUCCUCAGAUCCUUGCAGCCCUUCAGGAAAGACUUGAUGGUCUGGUAGGAACAUCUGCAGGAUAUAUAGAAAGCUUGCCUAAAGUUGUUAAAAGACGUGUGAAUGCUCUCAAGAACCUUCAAGUUCAGUGUGCACAGAUAGAAGCAAAGUUCUAUGAGGAAGUGCAUGAGCUGGAAAGAAAGUAUGCUGCUCUCUAUCAGCCCUUAUUUGACAAGCGAAGUGAAAUCAUCAAUGCCAUUUAUGAACCCACAGAGGAAGAAUGUGAAUGGAAAGCAGAUGCUGAUGAAGAAAUUUCAGAGGAGAUGAAAGAGAAAGCUAAGCUCGAGGAAGAAAAAAAAGAUGAAGAAAAAGAAGACCCUAAAGGAAUCCCUGAGUUUUGGCUGACAGUAUUCAAGAAUGUGGACUUACUCAGUGAUAUGGUUCAGGAACAUGAUGAACCUAUCCUGAAAUACUUAAAAGAUAUAAAAGUGACAUUUUCAGAAGUUGGACAGCCUAUGAGUUUCACAUUAGAAUUUCAUUUCGAACCAAAUGACUACUUCACAAAUGAAGUGUUGACAAAGACGUAUAGAAUGAGGUCAGAGCCAGAUGAUUCUGAUCCCUUUUCCUUUGAUGGACCAGAAAUCAUGGGUUGUACAGGUUGCCAAAUAGACUGGAAAAAAGGAAAGAAUGUUACUUUGAAAACCAUUAAGAAGAAACAAAAACAUAAGGGCCGUGGAACAGUCAGGACUGUGACGAAAACUGUUUCAAAUGACUCAUUCUUCAACUUCUUUAGUCCUCCUGAAGUUCCUGAAAGUGGAGACCUGGAUGAUGAUUCCGAGGCAAUCCUUGCUGCAGACUUUGAAAUAGGUCAUUUCUUGCGUGAACGUAUAGUCCCCCGGUCAGUAUUGUACUUCACUGGAGAAGCUAUUGAAGAUGAUGAUGAUGACUAUGAUGAGGAAGGUGAAGAGGCAGAUGAUGAGGAGGGAGAAGAAGAAGCAGAUGAAGAAAAUGAUCCUGAUUAUGACCCAAAAAAGGAUCAAAACCCAGCAGAAUGCAAGCAGCAGUGAAGCAGUGUGUCUGUGGCCUUGAGGAUUACCUGCACUGUAAUAGCCUAAAGACAACUAUUAGUUACUUACAGCCUUAUGUUUUGUAUCUUGGUAGAAUUAAGUAACCAAUUUGUUAAAAAAAGAAAUCAAACACUUAAGAACCAGUUUAAAAUGUAGGUUCAAUCUACCUAGCAUUUUAACAGUAUAAUUUUCUGCCAAUAUGUAGAAUGCAGUAAAUGCCCUAAAGCAUGAAUGUUAAUUCAUUGCUACAUAGUUUGGUUCUUGUGAAGUCUUUGUCAUGUAGCUAUUAGACUGCAGCUGUGAAGAUGAUCAGAACUGUUAACUGAGACCAAUAUUUGUUUAGAGAAAACUCUCUCCUGAAGAACCAACCAAAGUAUUUUUUCAGCCCAGUAGUCUGAACGGGUUUAAGUCUGCUUGCACUAGCUGUGCCUUCAUUACUUUGUUAUAGAAAUGGCAGUGACUUGUACUAACUAGGAGAUGAUGCAUUUUGAAUUUGACUACUUGAGAAGACUAGUAUAACUUGUUUAAUUUCCCAACAAGACCACAUUAAACAUUCAUAACUGUCAGCUUGUUUAUGCUAUGGGUUUUGUAUUUUAUGUGACAUAGUGAUCUACAAAAGAAACCUAGUCAUCAUAUUAAGGUUAUUGUUUACCACAAGGGUUGUGAAUAAAACCUAGUAUUUUCAGAA